AUGUCUUUCAAAAUCAACUGGGACUACAUAGAGAAGGAGUCAUUUACCCAGUAUGCGAAAGAUACGUUAAACGAGGCGAUGAACUCGGGUAAGAGGCCAAAUAUUCUUAGUGAUGGCAUUAAAAUCAUGGACCUUAACUUUGGAUCGAUAGCUCCAGAAUUUGAAAUUUUGGAAAUCGGUGAUUUGGGGAAAGAUCGGUUUAGAGGUAUCUUCAAGUUCAACUACUCGGGUGAUGCGUCUGUGACUAUGACUACAAAAGUGAGUGCUAGUUUACUAAAGAACUACAAUGCAAACAUCAAGGAUCACUUAAUGGAAAAUUGCGAGGCAGAUGUCUCUUACAACUGUGCAGAUUUGUCGAAUUUCAUAGAGCCAAACUUCAUAGUAUCGGAUUGUGACUUUGAUAUUCCACUAUAUGUAACUUUGAGCUCUAUUAGGAUGAGCUCGAUUAUAGUUGUUGUCUUUAGCGUAUCGAAAGGAUUGACACUUGUGUUCAAGAACGAGCCCCUCGAAUCCAUUGAUGUGAAUUCCACUUUUGACAAAAUACGGCCGAUUGCUCGUUUUCUACAGGAGAAGAUAGAAACACAGAUCGGGGAGCUUUUUAGAGAGUUUUUGCCCGGUAUGCUUUACAAGUUCAGCCUUGAAUACACCACCAAGUCAUUUUAUCAAUUUCACAGGUCGCUGAACGAGGAACAGGAAGAAGAAGAACCUCGAGUCAUGCUUAAGGAUAUCGAUCCGGAUUCUCCAAUGAGUAUGUCUCCAGGUAGUUUGAUGAGAUUGACUCGUCUAGCAUCAUCUAGGCAGACGUUAUCUUUGGGAGGAGAGCUCUCAUGCGAUAGGAUGAAUUCGAACUUGGUGACAAAAGCCUUCGCUAAUGCAAUUCUCGCAUCAUCGAACUCGUUGGCGUUUAGUAGAUUGCAUAUGACAGAUAAAGAUUUCACUACUGGAAGAGUUGGCGAAAAGGUGAAUCUCAUCAAAAACAUCCAGGCUAGGACGUUUUGGAAGGGCAAUCAUGGUGAAGAUACUCCUCGCAGGCGUGUUUUCCAUUGGAGUAGGCACAAAAAGAAGGAAAAAGUUGCCGAGACUCAACAAAAACUUUCAUCGCUUGUUCCCGAGGAUGCUAUUAGUGAUGGGGAUGAUUCAACAUUGGUGGCCAGUGAUGUAUUAGAGAAUAAAUCUGUUCCAAUGAAGCUCAAAACAUCCAAAUCAUCACCAUCUCUUAGUGUGCAGAAAAGAAACUCAAGGGGAAUUGGUGGAUACAUUCAUCCUACAUCGAGAAUAUCAUCCUCUUUGGAGAAUACAAGGGAACUUAAUGAAGGUGCAAUUCCAAUGUCUAGAGGGGAUGGUAGUGGAUUUAGUUCUUCAACAGCUACAGUUAUACCAACUAUUGAUUUUCACUUGAGAAGGGCAUCCCAAUAUGAACAACAGCAAUCAGAGAAGCAGAGACUCAGACAGAGGGAUGAGGAGCUGGAGGAGCUUCGAAGAUUCAUGGAAAAACAGAAGAUGGCUUCACCAAAAGCGACAUGCAACAUCCAGAACAGGAAGCCAAGCAACACAUAUCACAUAGAUAAGAGUGAGCGGAUGAAGAUAAGCAGGAGGAUUGCAAAAUUGGAUACACUUUUGAGCAAAAAAGCAGAAGAUGAUGCUUUAAACAGAGAAAGAGAUACGAAGAAUGAUUUUGUCAAUUCUACAUAUGGUUAUCCUAUUGUUUCCAAUAGAGAGGCUGCAUUUGACAGCCCUCCACCUCCAUACUCUUACUCUUAA